AUGGGCGAACACGACUUGAAUCUCCGAGCCGCGCAAGACCAGAUGCUGAGCAAAAUGGCAGACACCUUCAACAACCAAGCCGCGUACCCAGAUAUCGAGAUUGUCUGCGCCGGGCAGAAAUGGCUUUGCCAUAAGGUCAUCCUUAGCAGAUCCUCCGAGUGGUUCGAGCGAGCGUUUGGUGGCGAGUUCAAGGAGCGUGAUGCGAAAUCCAUUGAACUUCACGAGGACUUCGAAGAUCCAGGACCGGCCAUUGAGGCAAUGCUGAAGUACUGCUACACCUUCGGAUACGACUCGAGUACGGAUCCUUCCUCCGUCACAUUCGACAUCCGCAUGUUCGCGCUGGCCGAGAAGUACUUCAUCAAGAACCUCGACCGCCUCGCAGCCGGGAAGCUGAAACCUGCCCUCGAGAACGUCUCGUCCGACAAGAUGGAGGAGGUCUUCGCAGAAGCUAUCGCCGAGAUAUACACCAACACAGCAGACCCAGAAAACAUCCUCCGCAACACCAUCAUCUCCCCGCUCCUGGCCAGAAUAGACCUCGAGACUUUCAUCGACAGCAAGACAUGCCAGAACCUCAUGACCGACUUCCCACCCUUCGCCCUCGACCUCUCCCGUACCCUCAUCCAGCAAAACAAGAAGGCAAAGGAAGAAACCAAGAACUCCUGGAUAGAACAGGUCCACCCCGACGGCUCCACAUCCCACUACAACAAAUCAACGCACCAGCGCCGCACACUCGUCAAAUCCGCAUUCCCACACGGCCACCCUUACUACACAUCUCCCACCCUAUCAGGACCCUUCCCGGCCGCGAGUGGCUACACUCCCGCCGGGCUACCAAACAUUCCACAUGAUCACCCCACGAUGCCAACCCCCUUUCCACCACCGCCGACGACAAGCGCUCCAAUCCGAGUCCCACCGCCAGGUCCUUUUCCACCGCCAUUGCGCUCGUUGACCAUAGCAUCACCAGCUUCCGCGACAUGCUCGUCAUCAUCAUCUUUCUCAACCGGAGGUCCGCAAACCAUGCGUUUCCGCCUGAACGCACCCAACACACGAAAUUUGCAAGGUCCACUACCACCAGACCCCCAAAUCCCCAUCCCCAUUCCAUGA